AUGCACUAUAAAAGUGCUAAAGAAGUGUGGGAUAAACUUGUUAGCAUUUAUCAGGGUGAUGACAAAAUAAAACAAGCCAAACUUCAAACACUUAGGGCCAAAUUUGAAAGCCUCAAAAUGAAUGACGAUGAAAAAAUUGCAGAAUAUCUAUUUAGAGUAGAUGAGGCUACCAAUGCCAUGAGAGGCCUUGGUGAAAAAGUUCAAGGCAAAACAAUUGUGAAAAAUGUCUUAAGAUCUUUACCUUCUAGGUUUGAUUCUAAAGUCUCUGCAAUUGAAGAGGCUAAAGAAUUAAAGAUAUUAACUAUAGAUGAACUUCAUAGAUCUUUGACUGCAUAUGAAAUGAGAAAACAAGAUGAGUUGCCCAUAAGAAAAGAAGUUGCAUUUAAAACUUCAAAGAAGAAUAGUAUAAUAGAUUCUAAAUCUAGGGAUUUGGAUGAAAAGGAACUUAACCUAGCUAGAAAAAUAAAAACAGGUUCAAGAAAAUACAAGGGAAAACUUCCCUUUAAAUGUUUUAGCUAUGGAAAAGUGGGGCAUUUUGCUACAAAAUGUCCAUAUGACAAAUCUGAAAAUGAACAUGAAGAUUAUAAAAGACAAGGUAAAAAGAAGAAGUACAAUUUUAAAAGAAAGAACAAACUUAAAAAAAAGAGUCUCAUAAUCAAAGAUUCUAAAAAUAGUUCAAAUAGCUCUGCUAAUGAAAAUUAG